CUCUUCCUGUUCAGACGUUGGCGGUGCGCUGAAGAUGGUGGUCCUCACUACCUCCUUCGCAGUGCUUGUACUGUCCCUGCCCCAUGUAUCCCAUGGUUCCACUCUCCGCGCACGUCAGAACCCCGCCACCCCUGCCAUCCCUGGAACCGAUUAUAAGUUCCUCGGAUGCUUUACCGACCAAGGCGCCCGCUCCCUCGGUGGGGCAUCAUUGGUGAACACGACCGGCAUGACCGUUGAGUCGUGUGUGUCGUUCUGCUCCUCCCAGAACUUCAAUUUCGCUGGGUUGGAGUUCGCCCAGGAGUGCUGGUGUGGCGACGAGAUCGCCAACGGCGGCACUAACGCCACUCUGUCGGACUGCAACUUCGCCUGUACGGGGAACCCAGACGAGAUCUGUGGCGCAGGAAACAGGCUGAGCGUUUACUGGAACGGCGUCGCUCCACCGCCCCCUCCUACUGUUGUUCCGUCCGUCGGUCUCUGGGAAUCAUUGGGCUGCUUCAACGAUUCCGUGAAUGCCCGUGUCCUGCCUACUGGGGUCAAUGUUCCUGGGAACUUCACAGUCGAGGGAUGCACAGAAGCUUGCUUUAACGCCAACUUCCCUCUUGCCGGCAUGGAAUUUGCCGCCCAAUGCUUCUGCAGCACUAACAUCGCCAAUGGUGGGGCACCUAUCGAUGCAUCGCUGUGCAACAUGGCCUGUGCUGGCAACUCCACUGAAUUGUGCGGCGGUCCUAACGCCCUGAACGUCUACAACUUCACAGGGACUAUCACGGGAACUCCAGGCGCUCCUGUCGGCGGUGGAGGCGGAGGCGGUACCGGCCCUGUCCUCGUGAACCCGGUCACCUCCGGCCUUCCCGGAACCUGGACAUACGCCGCGUGCUACGUUGAUAAUGCAAACGGUCGCGUCUUUGCGAACCAGAAUCCGGACGACCAGAAUUUGACGGUCGAGUCCUGCGUCGCUUCUUGCGCUUCACAGAACUUCACAUUGGCGGGACUUGAGUUCGGCGUCCAGUGCUUCUGCGGCGAUACGCUGAUCGACGGCGCGGUGGUGGGCGAUCCAACGACGUGCAACAUGGCAUGUGGCGGGAACACCCAGGAGGCUUGUGGUGGACCGAAUCGACUUUCCGUGUAUACUAGUACCGGAAACGUGGUAGCCCUGCCGGUUCCCACACCCAAGAACAGCAGUCUUCCGGGCAAUUGGGAGUAUCAAGGCUGUCUGCAGGAGGCACCAAACGGCGUUCGCCUUUUCCCCAACAAAAUUGUCCAGCCCACGAACAACUCGAUCGACAAUUGCUUGAACCAAUGCGCUGCUUUCGGAUACCCUGCGGCAGGUACUGAGUUCGGUCAAGAAUGCUACUGCGGUGACGUUUCGGACACCGACGCAAGCCCUGGAUUUGCACCCGAGUCCGACUGUAACAUUGCAUGCCCUGGUGACCCCAUCCACCUAUGCGGUGGUGGAAACCGUCUCUCGUACUACAAGUGGAAUGGCGUCAUGAACGACUGGAAGACGCCUGCGAACACAGGAUUUUACGAGUUCUUCGUUCCUGGUGUCGUCGUCCCCCUUCUAGUCACGCUUGGCAUCAACAACAAGGUCUCGUUCGUUGAGAAGUUCGGGACGAGCGAGUUCACCAAUUCGACUGGCGCGUACGAGCUCGAUCUCAGCUUGGUCGACGAUUUCGAGAAGACUUGGCGUACGAUGCAUGUCAAGUCUGACACCUUCUGCGCUGGUGCUGUUGUACUUCCCGAUCGGGCUGCUAGGCACCUCAUGUUCGGAGGGUGGUCACUCGACAGUACUUUUGGUGUCCGCCUCUACGCGCCCGAUGGCAGCCCUGGUGUCAACGGAACCAACGAUUGGGAGGAGAACUUCAACGAGCUCAAGUUGCAGAGGGGCCGCUGGUACCCGUCCGGACUUGUCCUGUCGAACGGUAGCGUCUUGAUCGUCGGUGGUGAGGUUGGUAGUAACGGUGCUCCGGAGCCCACUCUGGAGAUUCUCCCUACUCCCGAGGGUGGUCCCACCUACCUGUUCAUGGACUGGCUCAACCGCACUGACCCCAACAACCUCUACCCGUUCCUCCACAUGCUUCCCAGCGGUAACAUCUUCGUUGGCUACUACAACGAGGCGCGUAUCCUCGACCCGGUGACCUUUGACACCAUCAAGACGCUCCCCAACAUGCCCGGUUCAGUUGUCAGCCCUGCCGCGGGUCGCACUUACCCGUUGGAGGGUACUGCCGUCCUGUUCCCUCAGCACGCUCCGUACACCGAUCCUCUCACUGUCCUCGUCUGUGGUGGAUCAAACUUCGGUCUUGCCCUCGAUAAUUGUGUUUCCAUCCAGCCUGAGGUCGAUGGCGCAGAAUGGGUGCUGGAGCGUAUGCCAUCCCCCCGUGUCAUGACGUCCAUGACAGCCCUUCCGGAUGGUACCUUCCUCAUCGUCAAUGGAGCACAGCAGGGCGUGGCCGGCUUCGGUCUUGCAACCAACCCCAACCUUCAGGCCCUCCUAUACGACCCGAGCCAGCCCGUCGGCUCCCGCAUCUCCAUUCUGAACACCACCAUCGUUGCCCGCCUGUACCACUCCGAGUCGACUCGUGUACAGCUCCUUCCUGAUGGCCGUGUUCUGAUCUCUGGAAGCGACCCCCAAACUCCUGGCUUCCCGGAGGAAAUGCGUGUCGAGGUCUACGUCCCGCCGUACUUGACCCAAGGUCGCACCCAGCCGAGCUUCACCGUCGACGAGAAGGACUGGGAGUACGGCAGUAGUCACACCAUCCAUGUCCAGCUCUUCGAAGGAACUACGGAGACAAUGCGCGUUUCUAUGAUUGCUGCUACUUCUAGCACGAACAUCCUCCUUCCUUCUCUUCCACAGCAUGGUAACGCCAUGGGCAUGCGCACAAUCUUCCCCGAGUUCACCUGCGUCGGCAACACCUGUACCGUCGUUGCACCGCCCAACCAGUUUGUCUCGCCUCCUGGGUGGUGGCAGAUUUGGGUCCUCGACGGCCCCACGCCCUCGCACUCUAACUGGAUCCGUAUCGGCGGCGACCCGGCCCAGCUCGGCAACUGGCCGAACUUCCCUGACUUCACCCUCCCCGGUGUGGGCCCGCCUGCCUGA